AUGGAUGAUGAAGUCAAGGCACCGCUUGAGCCGCCAGUUGAGGAAUCCCUUGGUGCCUCUGCCGGUGCUGAAGAAGGUGGGCGAGUUUUACAGGAUGACAGUCGGCCGUAUUCCUGCUUGAGCCAACGACAAAAGACAUGCAUCUCUUCCAUAGCCUCAUUCUCGGCAAUGUUCUCAGGGCUCUCGUCAUUCAUUUACUACCCAUCGAUCACCGCAAUAUCACGCUCUUUGCACGUUUCUGUUGAACUCGUCAACCUUACCAUUACCUCCUAUCAAGUCGUCUCUGGCAUUGCACCAUCGAUCCUGGGCGACCUAGCAGAUCAGAGUGGACGUCGUCCUGUGUGCCUCAUCGCGUUCACCCUCUACUUCUCAGCCAAUGUGGGUCUCGCACUUCAAGAUAGCUACACAGCCCUGGUCGUGUUGAGAUGUCUCCAAAGCGCUGGUGCAUCGAGCACUAUCGCCAUUGCAUAUGGUUUUAUCGCGGACAUCGCUCCACCCGCGGAGCGAGGCUCAUACAUCGGCAUUCUUCAGGGUUUCACUAACUCUGCACCAAGCCUGGGUCCCAUCCUCGGUGGUGUCUUGACCGAGACUCUUUCAUGGCAUUGGAUAUUCUGGCUUCUGGCAAUCAUGUCCGGAACCAAUCUCCUUGUCCUGAUUCUCAUCAUGCCCGAGACGUCCAGAAGGAUGGUCAACGAUGGAAGCAUUCGCCCGCCCCGUCUUAUCAACAGACCAAUCUUUCCGAACCUGGAAUCCUCUGCUUCCCGUUGCAGUGAUGCUGAAGUGGCCCCAAAGCGAGCGAUUCGAUUUCCAAACCCAUUAACCUGUCUGAUCACCCUCUGGCAAAGAGCGUCAUUCCUCGUGAUCCUGGUUGGGGGAAUCCAAUACACUGUAUACGGAUGUCUCGCCGCCUCCUUUUCGACACUGAUGAUUCCACUGUACUCCCUGAACUACUUGACGGGCGGUCUCAUCUACCUUCCAUGCGGAAUUGGUGGAGUACUCGCAGCCUACACUACCGGCAAGCUACUCGACAGAGAUUACAUCCGCACAGCGAAACGCUACAAGCUGCCUGUUGACAAGUCUACCAACGAUCUCUCCAACUUCCCUAUCGAACAAGCAAGACUUCUAUCAGUCUUUCCACUGCUCGCCAUCAGUACCACCGCAACUGUUGGAUUCGGAUGGGCGCUCAACAAGCACACUUCUAUCGCUGUCCCACUGACCCUGACGUUCUUCAGCGGCGCUUCACAAGUGGCCAUCUUCACGGUAUGUGGCACGCUCCUGACAGAUCUGAAUCCGAACCAGAGUGCCACUGUCCAGGCAGGUUACAACUUGAUCCGAUGCGCACUGAGUGCCGGCGGUAUAGCUGGUCUGCAAGCUCUGAUCGAUGCGAUUGGAGUCGGCUGGUGCUUUACAGUAAUCUUCAUCAUCAUCGACGUCCUGACUGCCGAUGCAGCCAAUCCCAUAACUGGCGUUGCCGUCGCACUCAUCGUGGGCACAACCAACAUUACCGGCGCCGUAGCCAACUUUGCCAACGGAUUCACCACCACGCCGCCCAGUGACACAUACCUUGAGUACGCGGGCGAAUACGGCGAUUUUGAUACGAGUUGGACCGCGUAUAUGCAAACCGCUAUCUUGAAUCUAUGGAGGCUUUCGGAUGGUUCGAUAUUCGGUGCCACAGCAGUCAACAAUGGUCCCAAGGGAAGACCCUGGCCAAACCGUUAUCGCCAGAAGCCUACAACACAUCUUCCAACCAGCAUCAGCCUUGCGCCACUUUUAAACAGUGAAAACACAUCAGAGAUCUCCGAUUCCAACAUCGGCGACACCUCCCUUAACACAUCGCUCUAUACCUCCGCCUCCCGCUUAUCAAGCCUCUGA